AUGGCUCCAUCCAGAAUCGACUCGCCUGUCGAGGCGGUCAGCGAACCCACGGUGACUCUCCAGAAGAAGCCCACCAUGUACCUCCUGGAAAAGUUCCCCGAAGAGGCCGUCAAGUACUGCCAAGUCCACUUCCACACGAUCCUCCACGUAGAUGAAGAAGUCGCCAACUGGCGCGAGAACGCCGACGCGAUCCUCGUCCGCGAAAAGAUCAUCACCGCCCAAGACAUCUCAUCGGCGCGCCGGCUCCGCGCCAUCGGCAAGCAGGGCACAGGCAUCGACAUCAUCGACAAGGAUGCCGCCGACGCGAGGGGCAUCGCCGUCUGCAACGCGCCGGGAGUGAACGCGCAGUCGGUCGCCGAGCUGGUUCUCGCCCUCACUAUGGCCGUCGCGCGGCAACUGAGGACCAUCUCGGUCAAGCAAGCGGCUGGCAACGAGGUCAGGAAAGAGCACUGCAUGGGCAUGACGCUCACCGGCAAAUCUAUUGGGAUACUGGGAAUGGGCGCAAUCGGCACCGCCGUCGCUACGAUGUUUCGAGGCGCUUUCGGAGCCCGGGUGUGGGCCUACGACCCGUUUGCCCCGGCCGAGGCCUGGAGCGAUAUCGAGCAUACACGAGUGCAGAACUUUGAGGAGAUGCUUCCACACGUGGAUGUGUUGACGUUGCACAUCCCCCUCAACUCCCAGACCCAGGGGCUCAUCGGCGCGAAACAAUUGACGGCAAUGAAGGCAGGUUCGAUCCUCAUCAAUGUCGCGCGAGGCGGUAUCGUUGACGAGCCAGCCUUGAUCCGGGUGCUCAACGAGGGCCACCUCUUCGGAGCAGGGCUUGAUUGUCACGAGGAGGAGCCGCCGACGCUGCAGAAGCACCAGGCAUUGUGGGAAACCGGGCGCGUGGUCAGUACACCACACAUUGGGGCGACGACCAAGGAGACCGUCGUCAAGACCGCCACAUCCGCCAUAGACAACGUUUUGCGGCACCUGUCAUCCGCAUCCAAUGUUAGCUAA